AUGUCUUCCAUCAUCGGCUCAGUCAAAGACCUGAUUGCCUCAGUCUUCGAGGUCAUCUUUUCUGUCUUCCGAGGCGCUUUUGACCUCUUUUCUGACCUCAUCACGGCCUUGGUCCAUACGAUCACGGGAUUUUUCCAAAUGGUCCUCUCUACGAUUGGCAAUGUUUUCGAAGCUGCCGGCGGCGUGGGCAAAUUUGUUGCAAGCAACAUUGUGGUCAUUGCUCUUAUCGCCGCGGGCAUUUUUGGCUAUCUGCAAUAUCAAGCACGCCAGGGUCGCACCGUCAAGGUUGGAGAUAAGAAAUUGAACUGA